AUGAACUCAACAUCUGUCUGGAUUGUGGAUGGUUAUGAAGAAGCUCUUGCCAAAAACAUUGUGAUUGUUUCUCUCGCUCUGAUCAUUAAUUUAAUCAAUGGAAUGCUAGUGGUCACUUUCUUUGCCAAUCCAAUGUUUUCAAGAGACUCCAGAUAUAUUUUAUACAUUCACCUUGUAAUCAGUGACAUGCUCAUGAUCUGUAUAUCAGUAACUUUAUAUGUGUUGACCUACGCUUUGCCGCUUGUGAGUGUUCCAAUUUGUUGCACACUGGUGGUCUUUGGCACAACCACCUAUAUGAUUACACCCUUGAACCUGGCUGGCAUGGCCAUAGAGCGUUACAUUGCUAUAUGUAAACCAUUGCAUCACUCUCAGAUAUGCACACCACACAGGACUUACAUCUUUAUUUGUUUGCUAUGGGCUAUAGGAGCUAUACCCUCUCUGGCAGACAUCAUUAUUUUAACUGCAACCCAGCCGAUAUCUUUCUUUAGUUCUUUUGUGCUUUGCUACCCAUUUAGUGUGUUCUCCUCCAAACGCCACCAGGACCGCACUACUGCUUCACAAGUAAUUUAUAUGUCAUUGGUGUGGAUCAUUCUCAUCUACACUUAUUGCAGAGUCUUUUUUGCAGCCAGAAAGGCAACUUCAGAGGGUUCAGUAAGAAAGGCUAGGAAUACAAUAUUGUUGCAUGGCAUUCAGUUGCUUCUUUGUAUGCUAUCCUAUAUCCCUCCUGUAUUGGAUAUGAUUCUUGUUCCCUUUUUCCCCAUUCACAGAACAAAGAUCACUUUCUUUAAUUAUCUGCUCACAAAUAUUAUGCCGAGAUUAUUGAGUCCAUUGAUAUAUGGUGUGCGAGACCAGAAGUUUGUGAAAGAAAUUAAAGAACAUUUUACUUGUAAAGUUAUUAUUGUACAAAUUGUGCCAUCAAAAAAUUGA